UCCGCCCGGGCAGCGCCGGCCCCGCCCGACCCCGCACCUGCCCCCGGGGCCGCCCCGCCGGAGUCGGGCCGAGCUGCCGCGGGAGCUGCUGCCGGAGCGCCCGCCAUGGGCGUGGGCUAUGGGGGGAUGCGCUGCGUCAAGAUCCUGCUCUUCAUCUUCAACCUGACCUUCUGGCUGGCAGGACUGGCUGUCAUUGCCUUUGGGCUGUGGCUGCGGUUUGGUGGGCCCAUGGCAGAGUUUGCUACAGACAAAAAGUCCCCGGAACUUUUCUUCAUGGGACUCUAUGUACUGGUGGGAGCAGGUGCCAUCAUGUCAGCAGUUGGAUUUUUCGGGUGCUGUGGAGCAGCGCGGGAGUCCCAGUGCUUAAUUGGAACAUUCUUUGCUUGCCUGUUGGUGAUAUUUGCAGGUGAGGUCACUGCUGGAGUAUUUGCCUUCAUAGGCAAGAAAGUGGCAAUACAGGAAGCCCAGAAAAUCUAUGAAGAUGCUUAUGAGGACUACAUGAAAAACCCAGUGGGGAAGGUCAACAGUACCAUCUAUCGCUACCACGUGGCUCUCCAGUGCUGUGGUAAAGGUAAUGUGGAACAACAAACAGGAUUACCCUGUCCAGAGAACAUCCAGCUGCCAAAGAACUGCCUGGCUGAAAUUCAGAAUGUAAUUGAUACUCAGCUGCGCUUAGUUGGAAUUGUUGGAAUUGCAAUUGCUAGCAUCACAUGUGUCUUCUCCCUGGGAAUUAUCCCCAUCAGUGCAAGCAGAGCUGUGUGACUGUGCUUUUCAAGUUCAUUUUGUGUCCUUACAUAGGGUCCAAAUUAAUGGUAAUCUUUUGUUGUAAGAGUAGGAGAGCAGAGCGCACGUGAACCAAACUAAAAAGCAAAAGGCUGUAGCAGCAUUUACUGUAUUCCAAAACAACUGCAGUCUGAUGCCUUCAGUCCUUUAGGAUACAUUCCUUAAUUUUCAUGAGGAAUAGAGAAUACCCACUAGAGCUGUGACCAAUAGAUGUCACCCUGUCCCAAGGACACAGCAGGACUGGCAGGCUGGAGCUCACCAGGCUUUAGCACAAAGCUUUUGCAGCACAUCUGUGCCAUGACUUCCUUCAGACUCAGACACCAGCAGCAUGAGGAGCCACAGUAUUAGUAAAGGAACACUCCCUUAGCUGCUGGGAAGAGCAGGACGUUCACAGAUUUAUGCAGACACUGAAAAGCAGCUGAAAGGUUUCUGCAGGUAACAGAAACCAUGGUGUGCAUAUUGAACAAUCCUGGGGUUUGUAUGAAACAGGAAGGGACUCAGAAAUACAGUGGGGGUGGGACAGAGAUCAAUAACAUCAAGGACACACCAGAACUGAGAUCAUCUCCCCUUGGAUCCCCACCUCAGACACAGCGAAGAUCCUGAAGUGACCACAACCUCUUCAGCAGCAGAAAUGUACCUGCACCUUUUUCUGUGCUUGUUUCUGCCACUUGCUGGGCUGUGAGAGCUCAGCUGUGCCCAUCCUUAGGGACAUUUGUGGGGAGGAGACAUGAACCCAGUGCUUUAAUUGCCCAUCUCACACCCUUAGCAGUGCUCAGGAGGCAGCUGCUUGGGAGAGCUGACCUGUGGCAAGAAAGCAGAGCCUCUGGCAACACCCACUGUUCUCUGCUUUCAUCACUCCCUCUGCUGACCAAGUUCCCUGACACGAGUGGGGGUUUGGAUUUAAUGCACAGUCUUGCUCUUGAGCACAGAACUAUUCAGAGCUCAGCACCAGCCCCAGUGGCUCUGCAAUCACCUUCUGCUCUUACUCUAACGUGUGUCCUAUUCCAUUCUGAAACAGAGAACAUUCAGGAGCAUUCUGAAACUCAGAACACUCCAAUGCAAUACCAGGAUACCACCAAUAGUCACAGUUAUUAUGUGACUUAAAUUGAUGUUAGUAACAUUAGUAUUUGGGGCAGUUGUGCUUGGCUGGACAUUUAGAACAAAGAACAGUGAAACCAAUGUGAGCUGAUAAAAUCAGUGAAACCUCCUCUGUGUUUAUUGUCUGAUGUUUUGGGGUUUGUAGAGGGAAGCAGUCACUACUCUGCCACAGGGACCUUCAGAUUGUCUGAUAUGCAAGUUGUUUUAUAACUCUUUUGUAAGUGGAUCCCUAAAUCACAUCCCUUCUCUUCUAGAUCUUUGGCAUGAUAUUCAGCAUGGUUCUGUGCUGUACGAUCCGUAACAUGAGAGAAAUGAUCUAAAACUGUCACUGCACAACUAUGGCCCAGGAGUUCCAGACUAAGCUUACAAGAAGUGCUCUUCUACCCAAUUUAAUAAUUGUAAUGCAUUUUAAUCAGUGUUUUAACAUACUGAGAGGGAAAUAUCUCAUUAGGUGAUCAGGUGAAUUGUAUUAGUUACAGUAAAACUGAAGUGAACAAAAAAAGGGGUUUAAAAUGUCCUUUUUAAUGAAAAAAGAGGAAAGGUGCAUCUAAGACUAAUUUGAUUUUUAAUGUUUGUAUCUGUGCAAUUAAGAGUUUACACAUGUAUAGACUUUGUGUAAGCAUAUGCAUGUGUCUCCUUCCAAACACCUCUGGAUGUGAGCAGGUCUCUGGAUGUGCAGUACCUGUUCAGGUAAAUAUCUGCAGAUGGAACACGUUGUGUGUGCACAUCCCCCAGGGACACAGUGCUCAGAGCCCUCUCAUACCAAGCCCCUGUUUGCCAAGAAUUAGCAGAGGGACAAAUGCCAUUGUAAAAAGUAAGACCUAUGAUCCGUUUUGUGACUUUAUUUUCCAAAGACCAAACAGAGCAGAACUAAUAAAACUGUACUUUAUUUUAAAAAAACAAUUAAUGCCUAAGGGUCUGCUCCAGCAAACUUGAAGAGUAGACCCACUGACUUCACUGUCAUGCAGAGACUGGGUAUUUAUUUUUUGUAGGACUGGACCCUUCAUGCAAAUGCAAAAAGCUCUGGGGGAGAAAACACGUCCAAGGAGAUCCAGGCUAAAGGAAGAAGGGGAAAGAGGUGGGAAGCUGGCAAGACCAGGCAGUCAUUUGGGACCAACUGCAGGGCAAAGUGUGCUUAAGCUUCCAAAGCUAGGCUGAGAUACACUAAAAAACCCAACUGUGAGUUCAAGGGGCCACUAAAAUCCACAUUCAGCAGCCUCUUCAUCCCAAAAGCCUCACUGGCUACAAAGUGGUGCAGGAGUGGAGCCUAGGUCCAGAAAAACAGCCCCUGUGUCAGAUCUGUGGAGAAUCUAACUGGCCUGUGGAAGCCAAACAAAGAGCGAAAGUGAUCAGAAAAAGACACACAGCACUUUAAUAUCCUCAGUUUCUGCUUCUGUGACUAUCACAGCUUCCACGGGGCUCUUACCUCAACCUCUCGCCCCUUCCUGGGGGCAGAAGGCAGGAAAGAAAGACGGGACAUUUCAACAGAGGCAUGAAGUAAGUUUUCUUACUGGCACCUUUAGAUUGCUUGUCAGGUAUAAAAAUUACACUGUGUGCUUGAAAUACCUCAGGGCUUGCGUUUACAUUGUUUUUUUCUAUAUUUUAAUUUUUCUAUUUGUCAUAUUUAUUAAUAAGAGAAUGUUCCUUUUGAACCAGCCUAGAAGGGAGAAAGAUUGUCCCCAGAAAAAGAAGUUACAUCAAAGGCUCAGGAUCUCUUAAUUUUUGGCUUACUCAAGAUAAUAUACAGUUUCAGAGAACAACUUUUUGCUAACUGUACCCCCAUAGCAGAUCUGGUGAUCAGCAGUUCAGAUUCCUGAUGCACUUGUUCCAUACACGCUGGGGAGAAGUUCAGCUAAACUACACAUUCCAAUAGACCAUUGUCUAAGAGGCCUUGGAAUUUACAAGUCAUGGGCUCCUUGUUCCACUGAAACACAGUGGAACAAAAUGGGAUUUCAGGAAAUAUGUGUGGGAUAUACCACCCUUUAUCUAUUAUUUAUUUUUUAUCUCUUAUUCCCCAAAGAAACUCAAACUCCCAUCACUUUUCUGUCACUUCAGGACUUGGGGUAGUGCUGCUGCUCUCUGAUUUAGGUGACACAUCUUGCUGUCUCUUACAUGGAUUUCUCUUUUCCAAUCAUCCAACCAUGAGCUGUGGCACUGCACUAAGAGCUGGGCACAGCAGGCACUGCUGACUGAGCCGUGUCUAGGCUGAGCUUUAGGCUGGCAGGGACACAUGAAAUCACACACCAGGAAAGAGUGAGGCUUGUGUCACUCUGUCACAGCUGAUUAGCAAUGGAUGUUAAUUAAAAACAGGACCUGGGACCUCAUUCUGCAAAAACCAGCACAGGAAACAGGGCCCUGAUCUGCUGCUUGUCCCCAAGACAGGCUCAGCUGGGAGAACAGCAGUGGCAUCAAAUCCAUGAGGGUCUCAAGCUGAACCUUAGAAAUCAGUUUAACACAGCAGCCAGCAAAACAAUUUCCUGGCUCCCAGGUGUACCUGAGACUGUCCCUACAAUGGUUGUGCUCUGAAGAGACAAUGGGGUAGUGCCCAGCUGGGGUGUGUUGUGCCAAGGUAGUACUGGCAGGAAAAAGAAACUCUUGUUGAGUGUCAUUUUUGCCACUCAGGACAAGCGAGCUUUCCAGGAAAAUCAGUAAAAAUAGCACCAGAGCCAGUGGUUCAGGUUCCAAGACUGUUGUCCUACAGGGAUAGAAACUGACUGCAAAUAAAGCCAUUUCCUUGUGUUACAUUCCCCCUCAUAAUAACAGUGUUCUAUUCUUUUUAAGCACAUCUACACAUUCCUCCAAUUUGUAGCACCAGAAUGUAAUGACAGGACCAGAGUUUGUCUUUUUAUUUAUUAUCUCUUGAGUAAGUUGGAAGAUGCCCACUCCUGCUUGGAGAUGCACUGAAUGCCAACGCAGCUUGCAGAACGUGCUGUUGCUUCCCCAGCCCUCCACUCCCCCAGGAGUACAGAACCACCCCAGUGCCUUAGGAAAACAGGAAAAAGUGGCAGAAAAAAAACCUUCUAUAAAUUCAGACUCGAGCCACCAAACUUUCUGCUGAAAUGUUUUGGGUUUGUGAUUUGUUUUUUUCUUCCUCUAAAGAAAGCAUUAAUUUUCUGAGCAUUCCUGCAUAAGCUCUAGGGUUGCAGUUAUUUAGGUUUAGGGGAUAGUUGCACUGCAUACCAGGCACAGGACAAUACCUGUUACUGGUUUAGUUCUCUAAGUUAUUGGUAUAAAUUAAGCUGGAAAUCAACAUCUUAUUCAUAUACUAGUGCCUUUAACAGAAUCCAGGGAGGAAGGUCUUUUGUAGUUUCCUGCUGUUGUGAGGUGCUUAAUACAAUUGCAGUUUUCUCUGCAUCUUAGUAACUGAAGGUAUUUUUUCAGAGUUACUGCCAUAUAAGGCAGCAAAAAUACCCAUUUAUCCUGUCCCUUGCACCUGUGUCAGAGGAAAGUGCCAAAGGAUCAGAUCCCUCCAGGUGAUCACAUCACACACAUUUUCUUGUUCUCCUGUCAAUUUGUUCUACAGCAUAAAGAUGUAAGUUGUUCUUACUGUAUCUCUAAACAUCCUUAUUCACAUUUCCCUUGUCUAAUUUUUCUAAGUUACUGAUUUUGGUGGGAGCUUCCUUUGUCACAGGGAAACCUCAGCCAGUUUUGGUACCUCUCAGAAAUCACACAGCAGCUGAUGAAGCUCAGCCUUGUGACAUCCCAACAAAGAAGAGUAGUAUUUCACUUGUCUUGAUACUGAUAGUUUUAUAACAAAACACGUUUCAUGUGUCUUGAAAUAGAAAUUGAGUUGUCUUAAGCCCUCAAAUGCUGUAUUGUACAGCCUUUGCAGGCUAUGGAUUAACAGCAUCGGAUGCUGUUCAUAGAAAAUGUACAUAAAUAAAGCUUUUCAAUCUUUUUCAUCUCUAUUGGUGCUCCAGCCACAAGGUUCUCCAAAACACUAACCACUUCCAGGAUAAUGUGUAUGGCACAGCAUAAAUUCUGAUUUUGGACAGAACUGGCAUUUCAGUUCAUGCUGCCAGGUCUGUGGCAGAAUUACCUCUUGCUUUGAAAGAAAACAAGCUUAACUCUGUGGCUGAAAUUAGCUUUCACUUCCCUAUGAUGUGUUCCGAAGUGGCAUUUUAUCGUCUAUGUGUCUUGAAUUUGAAACAACUUCCUAAUAAAAAUAACCUGGAAUAAACGA